UUUUAAAUAAUCCAAUUUCAUUUUAUUGGAAAUGUCUGUUCUAUCCCCGAUAUUUGUUGUAAAGUCUUCAAUGAACUCAGUAUAUUUAGAAAUAUCCCCAUUAAAUGUUUGAAGUGCCAGUUCCGGCAAUUUUGCAUUAUUUAUUUCUUGACCCCGAUUUGUUUGAGCAGAGUUUUUUAAUACGCGUAAAUUUUCUUUUAAGCGAUCAAUGAUAUUACGAGAAUUUUCCAUCUGCGUAAAUAACCCCGUUUCUGCUCUGCUGGUAAAUGUAUAAUGCUCCCCAGAUUCUGAUACCUUUUCAGUUGUAUUUUUUAUUGACCCCAGGUAUUUUAACCAUUCAAAAUUUAUUUCAUUAAUGGCUGUAAAUGUAUCCCCGUAUUUUUCAAUGUAUGAUUCAGCCAUUCUUAUUAACUCAUUUUUCCUAUUAAAGUCCUCAUUUUGCACCAGAAAAUCUAUUUCUACUACCUCCUGGUCAAGUCUGAUUAAUCGGGCUUUUAGGGGAUUUAAAGUAUUUUUGAAACCUUCUGCCAUUUUUUUACUCACCUAAUAGUGUGGAGCACGUGGGAAGUAGAAAAGUGGUUGUGGGUGCACAGAAGGUGGUGGAAAAUUUGGAACAGGUGGUGGAAGAGGUUGAACAAAGGGCGCUGGAAAAUUCGGUUGUGGGUAGUAAGGCACAAACACAGCACGUGGAUGAGCAGGUCGCUGUGGAAUUUGGAACCAAUUAUUUAAUUGGGACCCGCCUCCCCUCGGAAAAUAGUUGUUAUUUCUCCUACUAAAAGAAAACUGCCUGUUUUGUGCUGGGCUGGUGAAUUGGACUCGAUCGAGGAUUGGACGGUGUUGGCGAUUUGGAAUGCGCUGCCUUUGUGGUGGAUGUUGUGCUCGUCUAGGAAACGAGCGAGUCGGUCUGAAAAUACGCCGACGAUCUCUUCUUUGUGGGUGUUGUCUGUGUUGUCGCUGCCGAUGUCGGUCCCUACUUCUGCUUCGGCUUCGACGAUUGUUUCCCCCGGCCAGUUGUUUCGUGGCACCAAAUGUCUUUAUUUAG